ACUGUUCUGCAUUAAGAACAGUUGCAUUUCUCACGUCAUUUUUUUUUGGAAUUUCAUUUCAGUGAACUUUGUACGGUUUUCAGACCAUUGCUAAUAUUCUAUCUUAGAAAUGUAACUGAUUUUGCAUUCUAUAUGUCCUUCGACAUAUCAUUCAGCUCUUUGCACAUUGGGCCUCAAGUAAACUGAUAUGGGGACAGAUAGCCAAAGUUGGCAUUUGGAUUUAAGCUAUGAGCAGUGGAAACCUGUUCCUGUAUCUGGUUCACGUCCAGCUGCUCGCUACAAGCAUGCUGCUUCUGUGUUUGAUGGGAAAUUGUAUGUUGUUGGCGGAAGUCGAAAUGGCCGAUAUUUGUCUGAUAUCCAGGUAUUAAUCUUGCUAAUAGGUUAUGCUAUUAUGGUCUAUCAAGCCCUUGACAAUUG